AUGAAGAUCCUUGUCCUUGGUCUGUCCCUCCUCGUCCCCAUUGGAGCAGCCGAGGCUACGACGCUUCCCAAAGAGGAUGCCACACUUGACCAGGAUGGCCGCCAAGCUCCCUCUUUACAUCGCUGGCAAAAGCCUCUCGAGCACAUAAGAGAACAGCCAGCUUUGGCAAAGCGCGCAGACAACGACGACAAUUGGCUCAACAAGUUCUUAGAAGCGCCUAGCCCGAGCCAAGAUUGGCGUUACACGCUCUCGCAAGCGCCCAUCGCAAGCCCAGAGAUUAUACCUUAUCACGACGAAUUUUCUUUCUAUGAUCAAGGGCAUGGCUGGCCUGCUCAACACUCGACCUCAGUUGCGCCCCAGCAUCACUCGCAACCCGGCCAUUAUGCUAGCGCUGCCCAUGACGUGGAUUUGGAAACGCACCACCUGCCCUUUUGGAAUCCGACUGAAUUAUAUACGACGCCCUACCCUCCGCCCGAGUUGUCCCAGCCAACCACAAGCACGACAUGGCCGCAGAACGAUGAACAGCUUUAUACUCAAAGCUGGAACGCCCACACUUCUCAACCGUCAAUCCACGAGCCAUAUGUACCUCAACAUCAACCCUCAAGCACACCCAGGCUUCACCACGAUGUGCAUUUGGCUGGUUCGAAAGAAGGCACGAACAUGUACGAUCACGUUUUGCACAGCAAUGACGUCACCCAAGAAGGUCCAGUCCAAUAUAUGACGACUCAGUCCUAUCCGUCUCGCGUCAGCUAUUCCGGUGAAGAAGGGCAUGGUGCAGCAUCUAGCAGCCGUAAGACAGCCGCCAAAGGCAAACAGAAGCCUGAUGCAGGACCUGAAGAAAAGAAGAAACGUUUCGACGCGAAAGAUCUCCCACUCCUGACGAAAGAAAGGUUGCUCAAAUCCCUUGCUGCCCACAUCCAAGAUUCCCAGCCGAGAAUGUUUAACCCCAUAAUUUCAGAGCAGGAGCGCGAGACAACCAGCGAGGAGGCUCGUUUGGCUGGUCUCAAAAGUGGCUGGCCGAGACAUACGAGGCGGAAGUCUGAAGCAGCUGCCGAAGAGCAAAGGACUUCAAAGCUUCCUCAGUGGAAGAACUUGUUUUCCAACGUAGACGAAGCUACUCUCAGACGCUUAAACAAGAAGCUGGAUAGCAUCAAAAGCGGGAACCAAAAAGGGUCUUCGUGGGACCUCAUAGACACCAGGUUGACAGAAGAAAUCGCAGCAAUACCCGGCGAGAAGGGUGUGAAGCUUCUGCACAAAUAUCAAGAAGUCUUCCCAAUCAUCGUGGACUACUGGAGGAGGGAUCCCGUAGUAUUGCUCAAGCUCGACCAGAAUCCCUUCAAGAUGGAUACCAAAAAAUUCUUGAAAAAGCUUAUCGAGCAGCUAGAAAGAGAAGCGGCUCGAUAG